AUGCAGUACCUUGCCGCGUACGCCCUCGUGGCGCUCUCUGGCAAGACGCCGUGCAAGGCCGACGUUCAGGCUGUCCUGAAGGCCGCCGGUGUUGCCAUUGAGUUGUCCCGCGUGGAUGCGCUCUUCCAGGAGCUGGAGGGCAAGAGCUUCGAUGAGCUGAUGACUGAGGGUCGCUCGAAGCUGGUGGGGUCUGGCUCUGCCGCUCCGGCUGCCGCUGCCUCCACUGCCGGCGCCGCCGUCGCCGCGGCUGCCGAUGCGAAGAAGGAGGCGUCGGAGGAGGAGGCCGACGAUGACAUGGGCUUUGGUCUGUUCGACUAA